UUAACCUCACUAACACGUGCGAAUCCAAUUUCAGACUUCCAGUUCUAGGAGCCAAAAGCACGAAACCCUAGUAGCACCAAUUUCAGAGCUGAGAGCUGCUCAAAGUAAAUACCAAUGGCGUGCAACGCCUCAAGCUGCCAGUCCAAUUGCCAUCGAAACGAAGAACAAGCACAAGAAGAAGAAUUUGGUGGGUCAGCUAAUUCGAUUUCUAAUUACAAUGAUCGGAAUCUGAAUGUUUGCGUCAAGUGCAAGUCCAACGAACCCAUUUCUGGCGGCAACGCCGAAGAUGGGCGCUUUUGCGCUGAUUGCUUCCGAAGUAACCUGUAUGGGAAGUUCAGGCUCGCUGUCAUCUCCAACGCCAUGAUUUGUCCCACUGAUAACGUUCUCGUCGCCUUCUCUGGUGGCUCUUCAUCAAGAGUCGCUCUACAGUUUGUGCAUGAGAUGCAAGAUAAGUCCCAAAAGAAUUUUGAUGCAAGUAGAGAUAGAUCAUUACCGGUGUUUGGUGUUGGAGUUGCUUUUAUUGAUGAACGUGCGAUUUUCCCAGUUUCUUCUCAUGAAAUUGACAAAGCAAUCCAAGACUUCAGAUCGAUUGUGUCUGCUCUAGCCCCACCAAGAAAAGAGUUGCAUGUGGUUCCAAUUGAGAAUAUCUGCUCUUCUAGUUCCAGUGACGGAAGAGACAGAUUGAAGAACUUACUAGAUGCUAUUAGUGAUUCCACUGGAAAAGAAGAUCUUUUGCUGCAUCUACGAAUGUUGUCCUUGCAAAAGAUUGCCUCUGAAAAUGGAUACAACAGGGUCGUUCUAGGAUCAUGCACAUCGAGCAUUGCUUGCCAUGUUAUUUCUGCCAUUGUGAAGGGCCAGGGAUAUUCAUUGCCAGGAGAUAUACAAUAUGUUGAUGCAAGGUGGGAGAUCCCAGUAGUGCUUCCACUCCGUGACUGUCUUACACAGGAGCUCAACAGGCUUUGCCACCUUGAUGGCCUAAAGACUGUGGAGUUGCAUAAAGUUCCUUAUUCUGGAAUAAAUGGCUUGGUAUCAUCAUUUGUGACACUAUUGCAGAAAGAAAAUCCUUCUCGAGAAUGCACAAUUGUGAGAACAGCUGGAAAGCUUACUCCAUUUCAUUUCAACAGUAUUCCAGAGAAAAGUGACUCUAACACCACCUUGGCAACCCAAAGGCGUCUGAAGAAAUAUAAUCUCAAGCCCAAUGAGUCAUUAUCCUCAGAGUCAUUUUGUCCUGUCUGCAAUAGCCCACUGAACAAAUCUGACUUGCUAAGACAGAGCAAUCUUCAGAAUCACCAAACAAGUUCUGAUAUUUUUGGUGCUGCCUGCUGUUCAAGUUGUCGCUUUCAGAUACUUCCAAAGGAUCCCUCAUCGAUGGAGCACUUCUAUACACAUUUACCCCAGCCAUUAGUUGCCCGAGCAAAGCGUGGCGGCUAUGGCAAUCUUAGCUUGCUUCGGGAGCAGAUACAAGAUUGUUUGAUUUCAGACAGUGAAGAUGAAAGUUGAAUUGAGUUACCCAUUAUUAGGGUCCUCAAUUUUCCAAGCAUAUCAUUCAUGAUUUAUUGUUGGGGUGCCAUUACAUAUUGGGCCAGUUUGACAGUUCCACAAAGAGGACCGAACAAUAACUUGGAAGUAAUUUCUGGCGGCUGUCUUAGCUUUUCUACUGUAUAAGAUAAAUGGCUAUCACAGAUUUUGACUAUUGACAACUUAGGAUUUACAAUUUUUUUGCAUUUGCAUUUGAAAUGGAAAGAUGUUACUGGUUGGUUGCAAUGCUUACUAGUUUGCAACCUAUAUCAUCCCUUUGUAAUUGAAAGCGAAUUAUGGUUGUGAAAUGAAAGUAACUUAAGAAAAA